AGCUAAUCAUCCCUUAACCUUAUUCCAACAUUUCGUCGCCGCGGCGGUGUAGUUAUCAUUGAGGGCUGGCGAAUCUAUACAAAUGCUCCAAACUCUACCCGCACUGGGAACUAGAUUCUCAAUGUUCUCGACUGUGCCACUUCCUCACUUCAACUCCUCUCGUGAGUAUUUUCAAGAGAAACAAAACACGCUCAUGGCUCCCCUCAUUCCAUGUACCACCGAACGUCACAUUGUCGCAGUGGUGGGACAAGACUCGGACACAGAUGGCAGAAACCCCAAGGGAGAAAACUAGUAGGCAAUAAGAACAGUCAGCAUUGAAUACACUCGUGUGGCACACGGGCAGCAUUCUCUUUAUAGAGCAACUCUUAUGAUCAGACGGGGAGCUAGUCUUCUUCCGUUACGACUAUAAAAGGAGGGCACCCGUUGGUAGGGCCCCUUGCGAGCGACACUCACUACUCCAUUAUGGCUUUAUCGUUGGUGCUAAUUCUUCCUCUCGGAGUGUUUUUAUGGGCUAUUGUUAGGCAUACAACAGCAAAGUACAUAGACAAUCGCUCUCUUCCAUUGCCACCAGGGCCAGAUCACCUACCGUUCCUAGGCGCUGCUCUACAAGUCGAUGCCAACAGCCCAUGGUUGACGUAUGCACAUUGGGCAGCCAAGUAUGGCAAUAUCGUCAGCUGCCGCUCCUUCGGCAAGCAGGUAGUGAUAUUGAACUCUGAGAGAGUCGCGGAUGACCUCCUGGAGCGGCGCUCUCGCAUAUACUCAGAUAGAGCUGAAAUUUCGACAGUAAUUAUGUCCGGAUGGGAUUUCGACUUCGGAUUUGACCGCUAUGGUAAUGAAUGGCGUCUACACCGGCGACUCUUUCAACAAUCUUUCCGUGAACAAAAGGUUCCAGAUUAUCAGCCAACGCAGUGUAUUGCCGCCCACCGCCUUCUGAUAAACAUGGGCGACAGCCCGGCGGAAAAGCUGUGGGGCCUCCUAUCAUUGUUCGUGCGAAGAGUUUCUCCCACUUUGUCCACCUUAACUAAAGUGUACGGCUACGACGUCAACACCCUCGAAGACCCUCUGUUCACCAUUAACGACAAGGCACUUGAGACAGGACCUCCGUUUCUGACACAUGAGAAAUCCAUGAUCAUAGACACAUUUCCCUUUGUCAAAUAUCUCCCGACGUGGUUUCCGGGUACAUCUAUUGUCCGCGAAAUUCUGGUCGCAAAGCAUUGGGCUAAACUAUAUGUUGACUUUCCUUAUAACUUUACAAUGGAGAAAAUGACGAUACGAAUUAGCGAAAAGAGCGGUCAGAACAUACCGGAAUACAACUUGAAGAAGUUUGCCGCUACUGCUUUCGUCGGCAAGUUAAGACACAUCUUCUCGCUGCCGCUAUGCUCAUCAUACGGCGUCCCUCAUGUCUCCGUGGAAGACGACGUCUAUGAGGGCUAUUUCAUCCCCAAAGGCACAAUUGUAACUGCCAACACAUGGUCAAUGUCACGCGAUUCACGUCGUUAUCCUGAGCCUGAAGCUUUCAGGCCAGAACGAUUCCUGACGGAAGACGGCGAACUCAACGGUGAUGAUGUGAGAUUCACGUUUGGGUGGGGUCGGCGUAUCUGUCCGGGACGAUACUCGGCGUUCGCGGCGAUAUGGAUCGCUGUCGCCUCUAUGCUGACAGCAUAUACCUUCGAGAGGGUUAAAGAUGACAAUGGCGUAGAGAUCGAGCCAACUCCCGAGUGGUCUAUUGGCUCUGUGAGGAAACCCAAACCGCUUCCGCUGCGUGUUGUUCCUAGAUUCAGCCAAUCAACGCUGGAACAGAUGGUGAAAGAUGUUCACUACGAUUGAGUGUUUUCGUUUGUAACCCCUCUUGUGUAGCCGAAUCUCUUCCGUCGUAUGUAUGAUUAUCGAGAUAUAUCGCGUGUAGCAUCAGAGCUUGCAUAUAAACCC